AUGCGGGUCUGUCCGGCCGCGUUCCCGAAGCUCACGUCAUGCUGUGGCUGCGCCUGCGCGGAGCGUGGCCCCUCCCUGCAGCGGGGCGGAACCGAGUUGCUCAGGGCGCGGUGUCCGCGGGGGGGCUGGUUUUGAAAGGACCGCGCCUCCCGGAAGUGUUGGGGGCGGGGCCCGAUGCAGGAGGCGGCGGCGCGGAGCCUGCGGCGGGGCUUGGAGAGGCUGCGACCCCUCGCGAAGAAUAAGACGCUGCGAUACGGGGUCCCCAUGAUGCUCCUGAUUAUUGGUGGCUCCUUUGGUCUCCGUGAGUUCACUCAAAUCCGUUAUGAUGCUCAAAAACUCCACAGCAAGAUGGAUCCAGCUUUGGAAGAAAGAAUCAGAAAGAAUAAGAUAUCAUUGGAAUCUGAAUAUGAGGCAUUUGCUCAGAAACACAAAGCAAAGUGUGAGCAUUGGUGUCACUGAAGAAAUAAUUGAUAGCUGAAGGAAUUGAAGCUGCUGUGUUGCAUCCGGCCAAAAUCAGAAUUACUAACAGAGACAAAACCUUUCUGUUUGGGGACUAUAAAUUGUCUAGCAAGCUCCUGGAAGAGAUGAGAGUGGAAAAUCUGCAGGAGAGUGUGGAUAAGAGACAGAGAGCUAACUAAAAAGACUCAGUGUGAGCACUGCCUAAACCGACAGCUGGUCUAUAAACAGUAACAGCUGAGAAACAGAAAAUGCAGUUUACAAAUAUAGAGGGGUGGAUUGGUUUCUAAGUUAUAUCUGCUACAUGGGUUUUUUAAAUUUUUUCUUUUCA